CCUCUCCGCCCCGCGUCCAGCUCGCCCAGCUAGCGUCCGCCGCGCCUCGGCCAAGGCUUCAACAGACCACAGCAAAAUGCCAUCUCAAAUGGAACACGCCAUGGAAACCAUGAUGUUUACAUUUCACAAAUUCGCUGGGGAUAAAGGCUACUUAACAAAGGAGGACCUGAGAGUACUCAUGGAAAAGGAGUUCCCUGGAUUUUUGGAAAAUCAAAAAGACCCUCUGGCUGUGGACAAAAUAAUGAAGGACCUGGACCAGUGCAGAGAUGGCAAAGUGGGCUUCCAGAGCUUCUUUUCCCUAAUUGCAGGCCUCACCAUUGCAUGCAAUGACUAUUUUGUAGUACACAUGAAGCAGAAAGGAAAGAAGUAGGCAGAAAUGAGCAAUUCCCUCCUCCCUGAUAAGAGUUGUCCCAAAGGGUCGCUUAAGAAAUCUGCCCCACAGCUUCCCCCAUAGAAGGAUUUCAUGAGCAGAUCAGGACCCUUAGCAAAUGUAAAAAUAAAAUCUAACUCUAAUUUGACAAGCAGAGAAAGAAAAGUUAAAUACCAGAUAAGCUUUUGAUUUUUGUAUUGUUUGCAUCCCCAUGCCCUCAAUAAAUAAAGUUCUUUUUUAGUUCCAAAAAAAAAAAAAAAA